GUGACAUAGUGCUUACCGGAAACGAAGCUUCUCUGCAGGCUGGGGUUUGUAGUUUUUAAAGUUCCCAGGAAGGAAACGCUGUGUUCAACAUGGCAGCGUCCUCUGUGAGAGCGAGUGUUCUGCUGUGUAAAAUUCCCAAACAGAUGCUAAUAUUGUGUCCAAAUACUUUGUGUGUUAUCAGAAGAAUAAGUACGUCAGCGUCCCCCUGCAGCAGACAGCCACAAGUCAGGGAAAAAAGUUCAUCUCGUCACCUGGUUGGUGUGGUCGGGUUGGAGAUCCAUGCUCAAAUUCAGUCCAACACCAAGUUGUUCUCUGGUGCAGCAGUUCGCUUCUCAGCACCGCCAAAUUCCCUGGUGUCAUUUUUUGAUGCAUCCUUGCCUGGAACAUUACCAGUCCUGAACAGACGAUGUGUCGAGGCAGCAGUGAUGACAGGACUGGCUCUCAACUGCACCAUAAACAGAAAGUCACUUUUUGACAGGAAGCACUACUUCUAUGCAGACCUGCCUGCUGGAUACCAGAUCACGCAGCAGCGGCGACCCAUCGCAGUAGAUGGCACACUUACUUACAGCCACCUCAUAGGCAAAAACAAGAACCAGGUGCUCAGGAAAGCCGUCCACAUCAAACAGAUCCAGCUGGAGCAGGACAGCGGCAAGAGUCUCCAUGAUGACCACCGCAACCAGACAUUCAUAGACCUUAACAGAGCAGGUGUGGGUUUAAUGGAGUUGGUGAUGGAACCAGACAUGAGGUGUGGGGAGGAGGCUGCUGCAGCCGUCAGAGAACUUCAGCUCAUCCUGCAGGCGCUCGGCACCUGUCAGGGUAACAUGUAUGAGGGCCAGCUAAGAGUGGAUGCUAACGUGUCCGUGCACAAACCAGGUGAGCCUCUGGGUGUCAGGACAGAGGUGAAGAACAUCAACAGCAUCCGAUACCUGGCCAAGGCUAUUGAUUACGAGAUCCAGAGACAGAUGGACAUCGUGCAGAGAGGGGGCACAGUGCAAAAUGAAACCCGGGCCUAUGAUUUUAAAUCCGGAGAGACCAUUCCUAUGAGAGAUAAAGAGGGCCUUCAGGAUUACAGGUUUAUGCCAGAACCCAACCUGCCACCUCUGAUUGUGUACGAGGGUAACGCAUCGCUGCCCCCUGGCAUUGACGCAUGUCAGGCGGUGGUGGUGCAGAAAAUCAGGGAGACCUUGCCAGAGCUGCCCAGUGUCAAAAGAGACAGACUGGUGCAAACGUAUGGCAUCCUACCCGAGCACAGCUUCACUCUAGUGAAUGAAGAUGGGUUGAUUGACUUCUUCGAGGCCGUGUUGAAGGAGACGAAGAAGGAGCCGAGGAAGGUGCUUGGCUGGGUGAUAAAUGAUCUGUUGGGUCACCUCAAACUGGCGGACCUUAGUGUUAGCCAAAGCCCGGUCUCACCGUCUGCCUUGGCUGAGCUGCUGGAACUCCAGGAAACAGGACGCAUCUCCUCGACAGCUGCCAAACAGGUGUGGCAGGAGAUGUGGAGAUCACCAGAGAAGACCGCCUUUCAGAUUAUGCAGGAGCAGGACUUGGGAAUCAUUAGUGACCCUGCACAGCUGCAUAGAAUCUGCCAGAAGGUGGUGGACUCGCACCCUGAUGAGGUUCACGCCAUCAGACAUGGCAACAAGAAAGUUCUGAACAACUUGAUGGGCCUCGUUCAAAGGGAGACCAAAGGCCGGGCAAAUCCGCUCAUGCUGCGGGAGAUUCUGCAGAAGAUGACUUCUUAAGGACAGAGAGCCAAACGGCAUGUCAGUGAUAUUUUAUGCCUGUGUCAGCACGCAGAUACCUGGAGUAUCUGUGACACAGGUGGCAAUUUCCACAGCUCAUCCUUAAAGCCACAGCAUGCAGGAUUUGGGAGCAUUCAUCAGCAUCAUAACCGUCUAUAGUUUACCUGCCAUGUUUAUACAGUAACCCAAAAGGGACAUACUUACCUUGUUCUUCACAUUUUGCAGUGCAGACGGUGGACUGAAGAGAUGAGGACUCUGUGGUUGCUUCUCUACAUGCUGUCAGCUAGUUGCUAGUACAAGCUAACAAGGUUGAGCAACAUUUCAUUUUUUUGUGAAAUACAUUACUUAUCACAAGAGAAGGCAAAGGAACGUGAAUCCCCGUCGCCAUAGAUGCAAAUACAUGGAAGGAAAAGUGUGAGCAGUGACAGCAUAAUGGAAUCUGCAAACUGAUCACUAGAUGGCACUAAAUUCUACAUGCUGUAGCAUUAAAAAAAGGUAAGAGAAGAGAGCGAGAGCUGCUGAGAAGUUGUCAUUUUUGUAAAUAGUGUAGUGACCGGACAAGAAGAAAGUUCUGAAAAUUAAUAAACCAUCAGAGAGCAUCACUUCAGGAGCCUGAACACUGGAAGUGUCUGCAGCUUCUAUUUUCGAGGUGUAACACAAAGUUAUGUUUCACUGGAAAAAAGGGAAUUUUGCUUGAAAAAUGUAGACGUUAGAUAAAACAGGAAAACUGCCUCAGGUAAAAACGAUGGGUGUUGCACAGAAAUAUACAUCUGUGUGUCCUGUUGACCGCAGCUGUAUUGGUCAUUAUGAGCAGUUAUGAGGCCUGAAAAUCACUGAGGUAGAUUAUAUUGCUGACAUGGUCUAUGCCUUCAGAUGUCCAAGCAUGAGUGUGAUCAGUGAGCGCCCUCUUCUGGUCAGAGCACAGAGGAAAAAGUCGAGUAUGUUUUCUGCAGGGCCUCGAAUGUGCACAACAUGAGUAAUGUCAACCUAUAAAAUGCAUUUCUGCACUUAAAUACUCUUCUGAAAAUGAUCUAACCUCAUCAACACCAGCUUGUUUGUGAUUGGUCAGAAAUAUGACGAGCCCACCCGGCAUAGAAAUGUUGAAUUAUGUACAGUCACACUGCAGAUUAAAGUGUAACUUUAUAACCCACUUACAACCCAACUGCACUUAAAUCAAAACUAAUGUUGGACGUUUAAGUACAAUUUAAUUUUAGGUCCGUUUCUUAUCUGGAAGAACAUUACACACAUUAACAGAAGUUGUCUUUAUUAAGAAGAGGCACACACAUACACCAGCAACACACAACAAAAACA